AUGCCCGCCAUUUCCGAACUCGACCCCGCCAACAACCCCUCGCGUCCGACCCCGUUGUCCAGCAUCUCCAUCGGCUCCCACGUUUACACCUCCGCUCAGCUGUAUCGCGCCGUCCGUAUCUUGGUCAUCAUUCUCGGUGUCUGCUUCCUCGCCUAUGUCGUCGUCGUCAUCCUGCCCAAGGUCAUUGUGCGGUGCAUUAGCUGGUUCGUCAAGGAGGAGGAGGUGCCGACAGAACAAAAGCUCCUCGCCCCACAGUCUCCUUUCGCCUUUCGACCACAGUCGUCGGACCUCAAGGAACUCAAGACGCGACCGCUUCUACUGUCCAACAAAUUCCCGUCUUCUGUUUCUCAGUCUCAGAUCGGAUUCCAGCUCCCGACACGCUCCUCCAUUGGAUUGCCCAACGUCAAGCUCACAUUGCGCGCCAAGAUGUCCUCCUCGCCUCGCGAUGCAUUUGCUUCGACGAACGACAAAUGUUCAGAUGAUCACACCGUCGACGUCGAAAGCCUUCAUCUCGCUCAGAAUAUCGACGAUCCUCUUCUUCGCGCCGCAGCCGUCGUCGUCGGUGGUUAUUAUCCGCUCGACCUCAAGACAGUCUCUCCUUCAACGCACUACGCCUGGCUGGUCACUCCAAACUCGCGUCUGGGCAAGGCUCGCAAACCCCCGACGGCGGCGCUGUUGUUUCCUCCGUCCAAUGCAGUCAUGUAUCCACGGCCCACGUCCAUAUUUCGCACGAGCUCCGGGUGGAAGCCCCGGCCCUCGUCUACAAUCGGUGAAGAGAACUUGGUCAAGGCCAAGGCGGAGCGAAGGCGCAAGCAGGAGAAGGAGCGGAAACAGAGCAAAAGCGACAAGCUCAAGCACAAGAAGGUCAAGUCGGCUGGGCUCGUCAAUCGUUUCGGCUGGCGAUAUAAGAAGCAGGCGGAGGACGAUCGGGAGAAGCUGAUACCGCGCGGGGACUCGGAGGUGAAGCGAGUGGAGCAGCUGAAAGAUGCCUGUGGCGCCUCUCCUGACAAGAGCCCACGACGUCGACCGGUGUUGCAACAGGUAGUGAAUCGGGAUGUUUAG